AUGGAAAAUCCAAGAGACGGCCGACCAAGCACAGUUAUCGAAAUCGCUCCUGAUGGCGACCUCCUUCUGUUGGUUGGGCCAGACGAGACAAGAAUGCGCGUUCAUUGUAUGUCAUUGAUGGCAGUAUCGAAACCAUUCUCCGUCAUGCUCGGCCCAGACUGGAAGGAAGGCCGUGAUAGGCACGAUCAGGGUAAAGCUUCGGAACUAUUGCUACCUGAAGACAAUGUUGCUGCAUUGAAAAUCAUCUGUUCCGUCAUUCAUCAUAAGAAUAGUGAGGUACCUCGAACUCUCGCUGUUGGCGAUGUCCUCGCAGUCGCUGUCGCCGCGGACAAGUAUGAUUGUGGCAAUGCUCUCAGAUUUGCCGCCGAAAGCUGGCUUCGACCUUCUGGGAAAUCAGCUAGCAAUCUUAUGCUUCUCACUGCCGCAGCAUAUCUCUUGCAGAGUGCGCAAGCUUUCAAGGAGAUCACGAGAGCAUUGAUACUUGACCAUGAUGGUCCUUAUCUCGAUCUCUAUUGGAAAGAUGCCGAAUCUCUCAUGACAUGGAGGAUCUUCAGUAAGUAUCAUGAAGAUCUUUCGAACCUACAACUAACAAGUAGCCGGGCAGGUCUGCUAGAAGAGCAGAGAGGGCUCGCAAGGCUGAGGCUAGCAGAAAUACUUACUGCCGGGGUGAACGAUGCGACUGGGCUGUGCGUUCACAAGUGCGGGUGGACGAGCAAAUAUGCAUAUGCAUACAUGAAGCUGUUGCAAAAGGAAGACCUUUGGCCAGCACGCCUAUCUCAUACUUCUAUCACUAAGGCACUGGAGUUAGCACACAGGAUGCCUGACCCGAUCCCUGAGGAAUCAAGCACUUCAUGUGUUUAUGAGUACAAACACACUGCUCCAGCCUACAGGCGAAACCGCAGCUCGAGUCUGGACACCUUUCAAAAAGGUAUCGGACUUUGCCUACGAAAACACGUCAUGAUGGCCGAGAGCGAUGGUUGGGAGCUUGUCGUGAUCGGCUGGCCAGGCGUGGGCCAAUAUGUGGCAGACAUCAUGUUGGACGGCCACAUAUGUCUAGUUGAAAAGGGUUGCCAGAGAACGUCUCUAUCACCUUCUGGUCACGUGGGAAGGCGCAUUCAGAAAAUUCAGGAAGCUAGGCAGGCGCGAGGGUUUUAUGAACCUCAUUACCGCAAGCGAAUGGAAGGCGCAUUAGAAACUCAAGUACUGCCCAGCGCAAAUUCCAUCGCAGAAAUUUACCUCGACACGGACCGUAUUAUUGCGGGUUAUGGCGUGUACUUUCAAGAAUCUCCUCUUUGGAAAAAGAGAUAUUUGAAUGAGGUCAAAUGGAGGGAAGGAACUGUCCGCAGUACUGCUCUACCUGAUCAACCUUACAAAUCGAGCAAGGUCGAGGAAAUCAUGCACUCGAGCUCACUUGUUCCAUUACACACCAAGGCUCGUUUGCAGUAUCACGAUCGACUCCGUGCUACAUAUUCUCGAUUGCGGAACCUAUACGGAAACUUUGAGAGCGUGUUCCAUCACGCGAGCUUACUUCCGCCAGUCGACCGCCACGAAAGGAUCGCUUCAACAAGCCCUCAUUCGCCAAAUCGACCGCCAGACCGCUGGCCGCUAAAACGAUAUUACUCUCCUCCAGCGUCAAUUGUGCUCGAUUUCUUACGCAUGCUUGCCGCGAAAAAAAUACUUUCACUACCUUCUUUCACCAUCUCCUUUCAUGGGAAGCCAACCUCGCCGCAGAAAGAGCUUCUUUUUGUCAUUGUCAGGGUUAUUCCCUGCAGAAGAGCUCUUUCGACACGCUCUCUGCCGGCAGGCCCCUGGCCGCCACGGAAAUCUCGCUUCGACAAGUCCCUAAGCCCACCAGAGCGUUGGUUCAGACCGCUGACUGAUGAGACAGGGCGUCUCAGCACACCGACUCCCACUUUCUCAUGCCAGAAACUCGCCGCGGAAGGAUCUCGAAAAUCCAACUUCCGCCAGAUCUCUUCUAGGGCAACCAUCCUCAAUUUUCCCUGCCUUUAUGACUCUUUGACAAACGGCAAUACCUCCACUUCCUCCAGCCACUUCGACGGCAAACCCCUCGGCCAUUUCGACGGCAAGCUCCUCCUCGGCCACUUCGACGGCAAGCUACCUCCUCCAGUCAACUCGAUGCAAAUGACCUUAUUCUACCGCUUCAAUGGGCAAGAGCCAAGUCCCGCAAGCGUGAUUGAGAAAGCAGCAUACUAUGGGCAAGUCUCCCAGCGAACAUAUACACCUCCCUUGCUUUGA